AUGGAAGAAACUUACACGGACAAAGAAGAAGGGAGGACUUGGCUUGAGGCCUUUAACGAUGCUCUCGUGGCCAAGCUCAGCUGGCGCAUCCUCUCCAACCCAAAGUGUCUGCUAGCCCGAGUCCUCAAAGGGAAAUACUUCAGGCAGACCACCUUCCUAGAAGCUCGGAGUAGACAGUCAGCGUCCCACAGAUGGCAAGGAAUUGUCAUCGGCCGAAACUUGUUGAGAGAACAACUGGGAAUAGCUAUAAGGAAUGGAGCAGCUACGAGCUUGUGGAAUGACCCAUGGAUCUCCCUGGAUUCACCAACGAAACCUAUGGGACCAGCGACGGAAGAGACAACAUCAUGGAGGGUUUCACAACUCAUCGACCCCCACACCAAGACAUGGGACAAAGAAAAAAUAAGGUCAGUUUUACCAGGCCUAGAACAGCAAGUACUAUGCAUAAAACCAAGUCUUUUGGGGAAGGAAGACAAGCAUAUAUGGUUAGCAACGGAAUCAGGAGACUAUACAUCCAAAACCGGCUACCAUAUAGCUCGUGAAGCGCAGGAACAAGCAAAUACAACUCCAGUUACAGAUGAGGGGUUAAUCAACUGGAAUAGAGAUGUUUGGAAUGCUCAUACCUCACAAAAACUGAAGGUCUUCUUAUGGAAACUGAGCAGUGGAGCCUUAGCCUUGGGAGACAACCUUCUCAGCCGUGGUUUAGAGAUAAACGCUGAAGAGGUCCCGAUAACGAAUUUAUCAACAAAUAUCGAGGAGGAGUCGUUCACGGAGGUGAUCCAAGCGGCGAGAAAUUGGAUCUGCCUCCCUCCAAUAGGCACUACCGGAGGUACGCUCUUCCCGUGGAUCUGCUGGUUCCUGUGGCUCACCCGUAACAACCAUAUCUUCGAUGAGAAAGGCUUCACGCGGGACACAAUCUCAAAAGCGAUCGCCAAAGCUCGAGAAUGGGAAAUAGCCCAGAUCGCGCCACCGCAAAAGGAAAAGACAGGAAAAGCUAGGGAUGCAGGUCCCCCUAAUCCUCAGACGAUCGUAUGUUUCGUCGAUGCAGCUUGGAGACCAGAGAACCAAGCAGCGGGAUAUGGUUGGGUCUUCAAAUCCGGAAAGGACGAGUUUCUGAAGGAGGGCUGUAAGGCGGAAGCUCCGGUCAGAUCCCCACUUGCAGCGGAAGCACUGGCUUUACGAGAAGCUCUCCUGGAAGCAAGAUCACGAGGUUGGACAGACCUCUGCAUCAAAUCUGACUCCCAAACGCUCGUUCGAGCAAUCCGAUCAAACGACAACGUAGCUGAAAUCUAUGGAGUCGUUCAAGACAUCCAUCUCCUGGCUACUUCCUUUGUCAAGAUCUCAGUCGAAUUCACGCCUAGAUCCCAGAGUCAACAGGCCGAUUCGAUCGCAAAAUUAGCUCUAUCUCUGUUUGUCCCGUUUACUUCGUUUGUAUCGCGGAACAAUUAA